CCGCCAUCUUGACGCGGCUCGGAGUCUGGAUUUCGGGGGGAGCAUUAAAUUAAAAAACCGAUCGGAGCCACACGGAGCGGGCUCAAACGGCUUUUUUUGUGCAGAAAAUCGAAGCGUGAGCUCUUCCGAUUAGAAAUAAUGCAAAUAUGUGAGGGCUAAGUGGGGUUUUGUCGUCUCGAAAGCCCUCUGUAUAUUUGAUUUCCCUUUUAGAGAGCGCUGCUUCUCGCCGUAUCGCCGUCCCGAGACGCGUUAUUUAUCGGGAGACAGCGACCAGAAAAAUAAUCCGUCUCAUAGAAAAUAUUUUUCGAAUUUUGAUCUUUUUAUUUAAGCCAAAAACGGAUUUUAUGGCUGCUCGUUUCGGCUGCGAAAAAAAUGAUUCUGUGCGGACGUGAAAUCGGCGAUCUGCGGAGAAAGGGAUUCGCUUAUGCUUCGUGCCAUAUUUUAUGAUUGAUUUUAAUUUAUUUUUCUCCGACUGAAAUAAUUUUUGGACGUGAUUAUUGAGGAUAAUUAUGUGGGUGUUGGGUGUUGGAUUAUCAUGGGGUGAUCUCAGGCGGCGAAGCGUGGCGCUGUUGCCUAUCUUUUGAAAUCCUUUUUCUCCAGGCGGCGUUUCGCCAGUCUGCCAGUCAAAGAAAAGGAGGAAAAAAAACUGUUAAAUUGCUCCUUAGCGCCUAACAAUACAAGUGACCAGCGACUGCAAACCAGGGGGCGAAGAUUUGGACUGAUUUCUACUUUUAUUCGUCGGUGUCUUUAACCGCUUCUAAUAUUUGCCGACGAGGAUGGCUGACAAUCUUAUGGAUGUGGGACCCCCCACUGCAAAGCGACCCAAGAUCAAUUCACCUCCCUCAGGAUCAGAUGGCCCAGAUCUCGUGUCACUGUUUGACCUGGAAAAUGACCUUCCUGAUGAGCUCAUACCCAAUGGAGACUUGGGAAUGGGAAUGUCCUCUAAUGGUGGCCCAGGUGCUGGUCCUGGUCUUAACUCAGUGGUUCCUGAUGCUGCCGCGAAGCACAAGCAGCUGUCUGAGCUCUUGCGACCGGGAAGCUCAAACAAUUUAGGAGGUGGCCUGCCACAAGGAAGCAUGGUGGGAAACCAGCUAGGUGGUGUGCUUGGUAAAAAUACACUAGGACAGGGAUCCCCCAAUCACCAGUCUCCCCAGGGCCAGAAGGGAGGUCCAGGACAAGGCAAUGGAAGUGCAGGCAUGGGCUUCAACCAGCCCAUGGGCCAGGUUCAUGGUGGCAUGGGCCAGACAGGACAAGUGAUUAAUGGGGCUAUGGGACCAGCAGGGCGAGGGAGACCUGGUCUUGGCAUGCAGUACCAGGGCCAGGCCAUGCAGGGGACACAAGUGGGCGCUGGACCUGGUGCUGGAAGCAGUGUGGUGGGAGAUGCACUCACACAAGGAGGGCCACAGAUGGGUGCACACAACACAAUGAGUGCUCAGCAAGCAGGAAACAUGAAUAAGAUGCCGAUGCCAGGAGCUCCAUUUAGCCAGCAGUAUGGCCAGCCUGGGGUGCAACAGAUGGGGGCAGCGGGGGUCAAUGCCCAACAACUGCAGAACAAGACGGCGAUUUCCAACAACCUUCCUCAGUUUCCUGCUGAUUUGAAGGGAGCUGGGAGUGUGCCAAACAUGAUGCCACAACAGGUAGGAUCAAUGGUCCCUGCUCCCGGUGGUGUGUCCGCAGGCCCAACGGCCGACCCGGAGAAGCGAAAACUCAUUCAGCAGCAGCUGGUCCUGCUGCUGCAUGCACACAAGUGCCAGCGGCGGGAGCAGGCCAACGGGGAGGUGAGGACCUGCACCCUGCCCCACUGCCGCACCAUGAAGAACGUACUCAACCAUAUGACCCACUGCCAGGCUGGCAAAGCCUGCCACGUUGCACACUGUGCAUCAUCCAGACAGAUCAUUUCCCACUGGAAGAACUGUACGCGGCACGACUGUCCGGUGUGCCUGCCUUUGAAAAAUGCAAGUGACAAAAGGAAUCAGCAGCCUACGCUAAGUUCAUCUGGAGCCAGUCUGCAAAAUGCCAUGAAUACAGUUGGACCUGGGCAGCCCAGUGCAACAGCCAUCAGCAGCGCUGCAACACAAAUUGACCCCAGCUCCAUGCAGAGGGCCUAUGAAGCCCUGGGUCUGCCAUAUGGGAACCAGUCUCCUGCUCAGGUGCAGGGCCAGGGUCCAUCUCAGCAAAACCCACAGGGCCCCCAGCACCAGCAGAUGCGAAAUAUGAACCCGUUAGGCUCUAAUCAGAUGAAUCAGAUGGCAGGAAGCAUGGGUACCCCCUCCUCAAACCAGACUGGCAUGCAUUCUGAUUCCUCGUUGCCUGCGCUUAGCAGUCAGCUGAUGCCAGAUGGGUCAGUAGUAGGAGGUAUGGGAAACCUCCCCGCUGCCACCCCUCUGUCUGCCACAGGGCUAAGGAAGGCCUGGCAUGAACACGUCACUCAGGACCUGCGCACCCAUCUGGUGCAUAAACUAGUACAAGCCAUAUUCCCAACCCCAGACCCAGCAGCACUGAAGGAUCGACGCAUGGAGAACCUGGUGGCUUAUGCACGCAAGGUUGAGGGUGACAUGUAUGAGUCGGCUAACAGCAGGGAUGAGUACUACCACUUCCUGGCAGAAAAAAUUUACAAGAUACAAAAGGAACUGGAGGAGAAAAGGCGCUCCCGGCUUCAGAAUCAGCCUGGUGUGGGACCAGCUGUGCCACAGCAGCCUCAGCCCAACCCCAUGGGCCCAGGACAAGCCAUUCGACCUCCUAAUGGACCUACACAGAUGCCCAACAUGCAAAAUCAGAUGAUGCCCCGCAUACCACAAGGAAUGAAUCAGUUUAACCCAAUGGCAGUGCAGAAUACACAGAUGUCUCAGGCACCCAUGGGAGCAAGGACUCCCUCCCCCAGGAACCAUCCACAGCAGAUGAACAUGAACUCCAUCCCAGCGAUGGGAAUGUCUCCAUCAAGGAUGCCUCAGACUCAAGGAAUUAUGGGUAGUCAUGCUAAUAACAUGGUAUCUCAGCCAGCCAACCAAGGCCAGUUCCUGCAACAGGGCCAGUUUCCUGUAAGUGCGGGUGGAGCGAUGAAUGUGAAUAUAGGUUUGGGACCUGCCAUGUCACAGGCUAGUGUCACACAGCCACAAAACUCUAACCUCCCUCUGAAUGCACUGGGCUCCAUUGGCUCUCAGCUGCCCUGCGGCCCUACAGCUCAGCCUGCCCUGGGUACCACCCCUCCACCCAGUGCCUCUGCCACCCUGCAGCAGCAGCAACAGCAGCAGCAGCAGCCGCCGCCGCCGCCACCACCACAGCCACACCAUACUCCCACCCACUCCCAGAUGCUUCCACAGCCCUCCACUCCCGUGUCCACGGGUGGGCCCUCCUCCACCCCAACCCAUAUACCUAGUGGCCUCCCUCGUCCCCCCUCUGCCUUGGGGACACCACCUGACCCUUCUCACCCUCUCACACCCCUGCAGCCCCAACCUGAGCCCUCCAGCCAGAUGCAGCAGCCCACCUCUGUGCAGGCACAGCACCCCAGCACGCCGUUGUCCCAUCAAACUGCAGCAAGCAUAGAUAACAGAGUGCCUACCCCGGGCUCUGUGGCUGAAUUGAGCUCCCAGCAGGCCCUGCCUGACAUGAGCAGCACUGAAGCCAAAAGUGAAGUAAAAGAUGAAGAAGACGACAGCAGCUCUCUGAAGACGCAGAAUGAUGUAAAAAUGGAGCAGGAGGAAGAAACCAAACCCCCAGUGGUGAAGAAGGAGGAGCCAGAUGCAGCAGAACCAAAGCAGGAACCAAUGGAAACUGAGGAGAAGAAGCCAGAGAUGAAGAUAGAACCCAAAGAAGAGGAGGAAAGUGGGGCCAACAGCACGUCAACUACCACCGCUCAGAGCCGCAAAAAAAUUUUCAAGCCAGAGGAACUGAGGCAAGCCCUAAUGCCAACACUUGAAGCCCUCUACAAGCAAGACCCAGAGUCCCUGCCUUUUAGACAACCUGUAGAUCCAAUGCUGUUGGGUAUCCCUGACUACUUUGACAUAGUAAAGAAUCCCAUUGACUUAUCCACCAUCAAGCGCAAGCUGGACACGGGUCAGUACCAGGAGCCGUGGCAGUACGUGGAAGAUGUGUGGCUCAUGUUCAACAACGCGUGGCUGUACAACCGUAAAACAUCCCGAGUCUACAAGUACUGCACCAAACUGGCAGAAGUGUUUGAAGCAGAAAUCGAUCCUGUCAUGCAGGGACUGGGCUACUGCUGUGGCAGGAAGUAUGAGUUCUCACCGCAGACACUGUGUUGCUAUGGCAAACAGUUGUGCACCAUUUCAAGGGAUAGCACCUACUACAGCUACCAGAACAGUUCACCCAAAUAUGGCCUUAUUGCCGACAGGUAUCACUACUGUGAGAAGUGCUUCAAUGAGAUCCAGGGCAACAGUGUGACCCUGGGAGACGACCCAUCACAGCCACAGACGAUGAUAUCUAAAGAUCAGUUUGAAAAGAAGAAAAAUGACACGUUGGACCCUGAGCCGUUUGUUGAAUGUAAAGACUGUGGACGAAAGAUGCAUCAGAUCUGUGUGCUGCACUACGACGUCAUUUGGCCGUCAGGUUUUAUCUGUGACAACUGUCUGAAGAAGUCUGGUAAAGCAAGAAAGGAAAACAAGUUUUCAGCCAAGAGGUUGCAAUCCACAAGGUUGGGUUCGUACAUUGAAGACAGAGUUAAUAAGUACUUGAAAAGGCAGAACCACCCUGAAGCUGGUGAGGUGUUUGUGCGAGUGGUCGCCAGCUCUGACAAAACUGUGGAGGUUAAGCCUGGCAUGAAGUCUAGGUUUGUAGACUCAGGUGAGAUGGUGGAAAGCUUCCCCUAUAGAACCAAAGCACUUUUUGCAUUUGAGGAAAUAGACGGGGUGGACGUUUGUUUCUUUGGAAUGCACGUCCAGGAGUACGGCUCAGAGUGCCCCUUUCCAAAUACCAGACGGGUUUACAUAUCAUACCUCGACAGUAUUCACUUCUUCAGACCGCGUAUGCUAAGGACUGCAGUAUACCAUGAGAUCUUAAUAGGAUACCUGGAGUAUGUGAAAAAACUUGGGUAUGUGACGGGUCACAUUUGGGCCUGCCCACCCAGCGAAGGAGAUGACUAUAUUUUCCACUGCCACCCUCCGGACCAGAAGAUCCCCAAGCCCAAAAGGCUUCAAGAGUGGUACAGAAAAAUGCUGGACAAGGCUUUUGCUGAAAGAAUCAUACAUGAUUACAAGGACAUUUUCAAGCAGGCAACAGAAGACAGGCUGACCAGUGCCUAUGAGCUGCCGUACUUUGAGGGUGACUUUUGGCCUAAUGUAUUGGAGGAGAGCAUCAAGGAGCUGGAGCAGGAAGAGGAAGAAAGGAAAAAGGAGGAGAACACAGCCUCCUCUGAGACAACAGAGGGAGCCCAAGCUGACAGCAAGAAUGCCAAAAAGAAGAAUAACAAGAAAACCAACAAAAACAAGAGCAGCGUCAGUCGAGCCAAUAAGAAAAAGCCUGGAAUGCCAAAUGUAGCCAAUGAUCUGUCCCAGAAGCUCUAUGCCACAAUGGAGAAACAUAAGGAGGUAUUUUUUGUUAUCCACCUCCACGCUGGGCCAGUCAUUAACACCUUGCCACCCAUCAUGGACCCUGACCCUCUGCUGACUUGUGACCUGAUGGACGGACGUGAUGCGUUUCUGACCUUGGCCAGGGACAAGCACUGGGAGUUCAGCUCACUGAGAAGGUGUAAAUGGAGCACAAUGUGCAUGCUGGUGGAGCUGCACAACCAAGGCCAGGACCGCUUUGUGUACACUUGCAAUGAGUGCAAGCACCAUGUCGAGACUCGCUGGCACUGCACAGUUUGUGAGGACUAUGACCUAUGCAUUAACUGCUACAACACUAAAGGCCAUGAGCACCAAAUGGUGAAGUGGGGUCUGGGCUUAGAUGAUGACAGCAAUGGUCAAGGUGGAGAGGCCUCCAAGAGCCCUCAGGAGAGUCGACGCCUUAGUAUCCAGCGCUGUAUCCAGUCCCUGGUGCAUGCCUGCCAGUGCCGCAAUGCCAACUGCUCUUUGCCGUCCUGCCAGAAGAUGAAGAGGGUGGUUCAGCACACCAAAGGUUGCAAGCGCAAGACCAAUGGUGGCUGUCCUGUGUGCAAGCAGCUCAUCGCUUUAUGUUGUUAUCAUGCCAAGCACUGUCAGGAGAACAAGUGUCCCGUGCCCUUCUGUCUCAACAUCAAACACAAACUUCGACAACAGCAGCUGCAGCACAGGCUUCAGCAGGCUCAAAUGAUGCGUCGCAGAAUGGCCACCAUGGCUGGAAGGGGUAUGCCUAUGCCAUCUCCACCUACCUUAAAUGCCCCAGACACUCCAAAUUCUGUGCAGCAGCCUAAUACACCCCAGACUCCCCAGCCCAUGCCCAACCAGCCCCAACAACAGCAACCACCAAACCCCACCAAUAUGUCCCAAGGCUUUCCCAGCAACGGCCGCAGCAGUCAGCCUCCAACACCAGUGCCGCAAGGUAAACCGGGGCCUCAGUCAUCCCCUCUCCAUCAGCAGCAGUCACCCAUGCCCAACAUGCCGCACCAACAGCAGCCUCCACAGCCUCGCCAGCAGCAGCAACCGCAGGAGUCAUUGAUGGAAGCCCUGAAGGUGGCCAGACAGAUCGAGAUGUUAGCUAAGUCAAAGCAGCCGCAGCCGCUGCAGCAGCCGCAGCAGCAGCAGCAGCAGCAGCAGCAGAAUUAUGCAAUGAAUGGGAUGCCAAUGAACCACCCACGCAUGAUGGGGCCCCUGCCAAGCCAAAUGCAGAUGAUGCAGGGGCCACGCGGGCCCCAGGUGAUGCAGCAGGGCCAGUGGGGUCCGGGGAUGCAGAAUCCCCAGGGUCAUCAGCCACAGGUUCCUCCUCAACAAGGCCCCAUGCCCCCUCAGGGAAACCCAAUACCCCAGCAAGGUCAGCCCAUGCAGAGGCCCAUGAUGUCCCAGCAGGGUCACCAGAUGUCUGGGGUCAUGCCUACGCAGGGCUCCUCACAGCAGGGCAUGACACCACAGCGACAAAACAUGCCCCGAGGUAUGCCGGGUAACAUUGCUCCAAGUGCCCUGCGGGAGCUAUUGGACACCCUGAAAUCACCCAGCUCCCCACAGCAGCAACAGCAGGUCCUGAGCAUCCUCAAGUCUAACCCCCACCUCAUGGCCGCCUUCAUUAAACAGAGGACGGCAAAAUACCAAGCCAACCAACCACAGCAACAGCAGCAGCCCCAACAGCAGAACCCUCAGGCCAUGCUAGGAUCCCAGCCAGGAAUGCACACAAUGGUGGGCAUGGCAAACCAGGUGCAAAGGCCAGGGAUGGCACCUCAACAGCAGCCUCCUCAGCAGGUGGGACCCCAGGGAAUGCAGCCCAUGGGCCCCCAAGGCCAGAUGGUACCAAACGGAAAUCAAAUGUUCCGCAGACAGCAAAUUCUUAGGCAGCAGCAGCAGCUGCUGCUGCAACAGCAACAGCAGCUGCAGCAACAGCAGCAGCUGCAGCAACAGCAGCUGCAGCAACAACAACAGCAGCUGCAACAACAACAGCAGCUGCAACAACAACAGCAGCAGCAGCAGCUGCAGCAACAACAGCAGCAGCAGGGAGGUUUGCCUCCAGCCCAUGGGCAGUUCCCCCAACAGCAGCCGGGACCAGGAAGCUACUCCCAGCUCCGUAUGCAGCAGCAGCACAUGGCUAUGCAAGGAGGUGGGGGGCCUAUGGGACCGCUCCCUCCCACAUCUCAAAUGGGCCAGCCUGGGAUGGGAAUGGAUGGACAGCAGAACUUCCAGCAACGCAUGCUUCAGCAGCAACAGCACCAGAUGAUGAAGCAGCAGAUGGGCUCUCCGGCACAGGCCAACUCGAUGAGUCCACAGCCUCACAUGCUCCAAGGCCAAGCCCAGGCAGGAGCUCACCUACCUGGCCAGACAAUGGCAAACACCCUGGGAAGCCAGGUACGCUCUCCAGCCCCAGUGCAAUCGCCCCGCCCACCUUCGCAGCAGGCCCCUCAUUCCAGUCCCUCCCCUCGGAUACAACCCCAGCCGUCACCUCAGCAUGGCGCACUCCACUCCAGCUCUCCCCAUCCCAGCUUAGGGGGUCCCAUGUCAGGGUCCAUGGAGCAGGGUCACAUGGGAACACCAGAGCAGAGCGCCAUGCUCCCGCAGCUUAACACACCAAACCGAGGGGGGUUGAGUAGUGACAUGGGUAUGGUGGGUGACACGACGGGAGACACACUAGAGAAAUUUGUUGAAGGAUUGUAGCAUUUUGAGACAGAAGAAAGGCCUUGUUCUGUUUUCAGCUGCAAAAUUUUUCUAUUUGCUGAUGUAGAAAGAUGAAAGAAAUCACAAAAUAAAUGAGUCUUACGAGGCCUACGGACUGUGAACCAAGGACUACUUUUUCAAGUACACAGAGUGAUUUAAUAAUUGCUGUUGAAGAAACAACAAAGACACAAUGAAUAUAUUUUUGGUUCCGACCAGCCUUGCAAGAUUUUGCCCUGGUCUUUGUGUUUUAAUUUGUUUUUCAUUUGUUAUGCUCUGGUAUUGACUUUUUUAAAAAACUUCUCUAAAAAAAAAUUUUCAUUUUAUUAUUUUUUAUUUUGUACGUUUGCAAAUUAAUAUUGUAUUUGUGUUGAGAAGACUGUAAAAUUAUUUGUGUGGAAAUUGUUUUUGCCAGGCUUCACCUCCUGCUCAGUUUCUCUGUUCCUGGCUAAUUUAUUCUAAUAUGCCAUUUUUCAAAAAGGACUGCCUUUAGGAAAGCCUUAAUUUCUUUCCUGUUUGCAGAGUCUAAAGGAGAUUAACGUAUUUGUAUAGAUCUAGGAACUAUUGCACACACCCAAACACAAUUUGCAGGUUGAAGGUAAACCUGCAUUGACUCUUGUUCAUGUUCACAGGUGCAGGAAUGUUCUUUUUACUGGCCUGGGCCCAGUGUUCGUCUUGCAGAUGUUCAAAGAUUGCUUUGUCUCUCCUUCAGUCUAAAGAAAUUCUCAUUAAGUCCUAAACCUCUUUCGCCUGUGGUGGGAAAUUACCUUGUUUGACUGCUGAUUUGUGUUCAGAGAGUUUUGUGCAUCAUUUUCUCUCGCAUUAAACUUGAAUUGAUGAUGAACUAUUCUCUAAUGUAAAUCAUGCAGGUGGACAGUACUGUAAAUAUGCAGAAAAGAAAUGAAAUCACUGUACAAAUUGGUUCAAAUGGCUCAUUUCGUACUUAUAUACCAUAUUGUUAAAUAAACCUGUGUGCCACAGACA